AUGGCAAAGGCUGGGGGUCUUUCACUGCAUCCAGAGAUGACUAAUAUCAAGAAAAGCACCCAAAUUCAGCUUGAAAGGGCUUUUAACGGAUUUUUAUGUUCUGGACAGAGGCAGCAAGUGCAUUGGGCUUCUUGGCAAAAAGUGGCUAAACUCCAGCUGGCUGGGGUUAUUGGCUUCAAGGAAGGUCUGGAGCUGUUAACAGAGGUUUUCUUCGAAUGUGAUGAGAGGACGAUUCUCGACUGCGUGUUUGACUUGAAGGACAUAGGCCACGCCGGCCUGUUACUCAAAAAGACCUACUCAGAGCCCCAGAAAUGGAUGAGGGGCAAGGAAAGAAUUACAAUUCAAUUUGGUUGUUGCUAUAAUGUUGUAAAGGAUAAACUAGGGAAGCCACCGUGCAUCCUAAAAUAUGAGGAGAAGGAUCCUCUGCCUUCCGUAAUAAGAAGGAUGAUUAAGAGAAUGCUCAGAUGGAGCGUACUACUGGCAGAUUGCAUCCCAAGUAGCUGCAUCAUCAACAUUUACGAGGAAGGAGACUGCUUUCCUCCACAUAUUGAUAAUCAUGAUUUCAUUAGGCCCUUUUGCACUGUUUCCUUUAUGAGCAAGAGUAGUAUUAUGUUUGGAAAAGAAAUUGAUAUUGUUGGCCCUUGA